AAAUUAAAAUUUAAGACUUAAAAAUGAAGCAGCGGCAGGGAAGGGAAAAUGAGAUAAGCAGUGGCCAGUAGGGAUAUCCAUUGACCAGUCAGGGAAGACUGCAAGCAGAUCCUGAAGUUAAGCUGCACUAAACAUUUAAAAUAAUCAGAGCCUUCACGGCGACGCCAUUGACUCUGGACCCCUACUCAGAAAUAUAUUUCAACAUGCCGUCGACCUCCACGCCAUCGCCAUCAACCCUGCUCAUCUCCAUUUGUUGAAUUUUCCGAGACGACGCACUCUCAGUCUUCCAAUACUCACAAAAAAACAAUAUAAAAUUAUGGUCGACGGAGUCAUCGCUCUUGCAUGUGUACUUUUCAAUUGAAGUUUCGCAGCAAGGCCGCUAGUUAAUUUAGAAUUUCAGACUAUAUAUAAAUCAUACAUGUCCGGCGUUUGGGAUAGAUCAAGCGGGGAUCGAUCGCUAUCAGAUCUAAAGACAGAGAGAAGAAGGAUGGAAGAAGAGAAGACGGUGUGCGUGACAGGGGCCUCUGGGUUCAUAGCCUCGUGGCUCGUCAAGUUGCUCCUGGAGCGGGGCUACCAUGUCAGAGCCGUGGUGCGAGAUCCCGAGAACGCGGAGAAGGUGAAGCAUCUGGUGGAUCUGCCGGACGCGAAGGCGCGGCUGAGCCUGUGGAAAGGGGAUCUCGCGGUGGAAGGGAGCUAUGACGACGCCGUUCUGGGAUGCGUCGGCGUCUUCCAUCUCGCCACGCCGAUGGGUUUCAACAGUUCCACCGAUCCAGAGAACGAAAUAAUAAAGCCGACGGUGGAUGGGGUGCUGAACGUGCUGAGGUCGUGCUGCAAGGCCAAGAGUACAUUGAAAAGAGUGGUGUACACCUCCAGCAUGGCAGCGGUGGCCGUUAAUAAGCCGCCGCCGCCGGCCGAGUACGACGAGAGCUUCUGGACCAACGUUGACGUGUGCAGGGCCGUCAAGAUGGGCGGUUGGUCAUACUUCGCGGCAAAGACACUUGGGGAGAAAGCAGCGUGGGAAUUCGCGAAGGAGAAUGGGGUGGACCUGGUGGCGAUCCAGCCCCCCGUUGUGAUGGGCCCAUUUCUCACUCCCUACAGGACCCCCAGCGCUGGAAUUGCCCUCUCCCUCCUCACUCGAAACACUACCGCAUACCCACUGCUGAUGCGAUCGAGAGCCGUCCAUUUGGACGACGUGUGCAACGCUCACAUCUUGCUGUUCGAGCACCCGCAGGCAGAGGGCAGAUUCCUCUGCUCCUCUCACACCUUCACCAUCCUCGACCUCGCCAAAUAUCUCAAGCAAAAAUAUCCCGAGUACAAUAUUCCCACCCAAUUCGAGGGUAUUGAUGAGUCUACGAAGUCGAUUCCGUGCUCCACAAAGAAGCUGAAGGAGUUAGGGUUCAAAUUCAAGUACACCGAAGAAGAGUGCCAUGUCGGGGUUCUAUUUGACGAGGCCAUCAAUUGUUGCAGGGAGAAAGGCCUUCUGCCGCCGCCCAGUGCUAACCCUGUCCAGUAAAGUCACUGCUAAUGUUAUCCGGCAAUAAAGCGUCUCCAAUGAUAUUGUUCCUUUCUGUA